UCGAACAACCGCAUUCUCUCUGAAGAUGAAAGGCUUCCUCUUCUUUCAGGGUCCUGUAACCUUUGAUGAAGUUGCCGUGAAUUUCACAGAGGCGGAGUGGGCAUUGCUGGAUCAAAACCAAAGGGCCUGCCACAGGGACGUCAUGGAGGAGACGCAUGAAAAUGUGGUGUCUUUGGCCCGUGAGGGAAGACACAGCGAGAACCAGGAAGAAUUGUGUUGGAUAGGCUUGGAAAUAUUCCUUUUUAAAGAGAGUCAUCUUCAAGGAAGGAGAAGUGAAGCAAAUACACACAGUAGAAAUGAAGAUUUAGCUUUUCCACUCAGAGAUUCGCAAGAUUCUCUGCUCCAGGAAAACAGAGAGAAAAGGAAGGAAACGAGUAGAUGUUCUUUGGGCAGAAAUAACUGUACUCUAAGUGCUGCUUGGACAAUCGACAUGGGAGGGAGACCGCUGAGAAUCCCAGAAGGUGCCAAGAAUCUUUCUGAUCAUUCACCCUUGGGAAUUCAUCAAACUUUUCAGAGCUUCGAAAGUAGAAAGAGCUUCCAGGACAGACUGAACCUUGUUUUCCCUCAGGGAACGGACACAGAGAAACCCUUUACAUGUGUAGAGUGUGGAAAGAGCUACAGUCACAGGGCAUCCCUGGCUUGUCAUCUGAGGAUCCACACCGUGGAGAAGCCAUUUAAAUGCUUGGAAUGUGGAAAGAGUUUCCGUCAGGGUCCAAGGCUUGCCAGCCAUGUGAGAAUCCACACAGGGGAUAAACCUUUUAAAUGCCUGGAAUGUGGAAAGAGCUUCCAUCAGGUUCAAAACCUUGCCAGGCAUGUGAAAAUCCACACCGGGGAGAAGCCAUUUAAGUGCUCAGAAUGUGGGAAGAGCUUCAGUCGCAGGGCACACCUGGAUU